AUGUGCUCGACUCUGAUGGGACUCGAACCCACAACCUUUAGAUUCGAACCAUAUAACGGUAGCACGUGUGUUGUAGACAAUGUCACUGUUAAACCAUUUCUGGUGAUAGACACUGGACGAUGUGUUCCUUCAGCAGUUUGGCCUGGCACUUUAAGUAACGAGAAAGCUAUACACAAUAUUUUUCUAUCUACCCAAACCCACACCUUAGACUGUCACUGCAUUAAAUGUCACAACAGUCAUCAGAAAUCUUCUUAUGCUGCAAAGUGUACUGAGACUCAUCGUAAUAAGAGAGCUAGAGUUGAAGAUACCAGAAUAUUUGAGAAUACCGCAAUGAGAAACAUGGAUGUAGAUACUGAGGACAGAAAAAAAACUAAUAAACUAUUAUAUUCCAUAUUUGUAUUAAUUCCGACCUCUCGUUCCAAUUCUGUGGAAGCAAUAGACAGUCAGGCCAACUUACCUUUUUUGGAUACCGCCUCAAUGUUUGAUAAUGACAGAGACAACAAUGAUUUUGAUGACAAUGUUGAAGAUGAAGUCAAUGAGAUUGAGAUUGAGGACUUCAACAGUGAAGACCCUUUUGCUGCUUCUGAUAUGCCCGAAAAUGAAGUCUAUCAAUUUAUAGCCAUCUUUACAGUACUGUUUGCUUCACGUUAUGUUAUUGAUAAGGGUGCUGCUGUCUUGAUUGAGUUUAUCAACAAUCUGCUGAGAAUCUACGACCAAGAUUUUCAAUUACCAACCAGUCUUGCCAGUUUACAAAAAAUGAUAGGAUUUUCUGCUAUUACAAAAGGCAUCUAG